AUGAGAAACAAAUAUUUUAUACAAUUAAUUCAAAGUGAACAUGUUCGUUUUGAACAUGUUUCAGCACAACUUGAUGCUGGUGCAUCAGCUCCACAACAAUCGAAAAAAACGAAAGCAUUUCAAAUGAGACUUGAUACUCUUCAUGAUCGAUUUCUAAAGAAGGAAAUCAACGCAAAUGAAUUAUUAUCAGGUUUAUCAUUGUUAAUUGGAAACAAAAAAAAAUAA